AUCCAGUAGGCAUUGGGACAUGUUCCUUGCUCUGUUCAUCGUUUCCGUCCUCUUCGUCGCCUGCUUCUUCCUCAGGAACACACCAUGGUCAAGACGAACGAGCCCCGGACCGAUGCUGAGACCUCCUACCCCCGAAACCUCGAGGACAGCCCCGCCAACGCCUGUCCGGGAGCUAUCGGAUAAGGAUGGAGAACAGGCGAGAUACUCCAGCACUCCACUCCUCGAUCCAGCACCUAGCGACUGGCCUACAGUUCAAGGAGAUUGGAGAUCAGAGGAAGGGACCGGAGAAGAAUUUCACGAAGAAAACGUUGACUGUUCCAAUCAGAUCUCAGAGAGCGUCCUGCAAAAAUUCCGUAAGAGUUUCUCCCUGAGGCUGAACAAGAAGGAUGGAGAUAUUUCUCCGCCAAGCACGCCUCCGAAAGAGGAACACGAGAAGUUCAGGAUCGGGCCACUAGUCUGGAGAUCUAGCAAAGAGAGGAGGAAGAAGGCCGCACGGAGUACGAAAUGUAAUUCUGGUGACAGCGGCAUUCACAUCGAGAUGGCUGGUAGCAGUGAAUCCACAGAUCAGCCCGCCGACACUGACGAAAGCCCUCCAAUUGUUCGUAGAAGGUGUACUGGAAGCUCAACAGACAGCAGGCCUUCAAGACCAACAUCUGAUUUCAUUAACCAGUUUUUAGUCGAUAGACUCAAGGCUGAAUUAGUGGUAAGACGUAGUCCAGGAGUGCGUAGAACUCAUUCCGAUUUGGGUGGCCAAAGACUGUACCAAUGGGAGGUGCGCAGAGGCUAUAGAAGAAUGUGUUCUCACCCCUCGCCCAUUCGUUCCAGACCCAAUAGGCCAGUCUUUAGAGGAGCCAAAGGGCAAUACGGGAAACUGAGGAGGUCUGUCAGCCAACCUCUUGGUCUCAACGAAUUAUCUCCAGUUCUAGUCAGAAAAGCUCAAGGAUUCCGUACUAAUAGUGAAGACGAACGAUGUGUAGGAACAUCUGAAGAUGAAGCUCUCUCCGACUCGGAGUCUUCGGUAGCAUCUCUGACUGAUAAGAAGAAAUCUUUUGACCAGAUUAUCAAAAAGAGAGGGGGAGUGUUAGCAGAAGCUGUUUGGGACCACGUUGCCAUGGAAUCUGAAGAGCUCGGUUUCAGAGCUGGAGAUGUGGUAACCGUCAUCGACAACCAAGAUCGGGACUGGUGGUGGGGAGAGAGUGCAGGCCGGGCUGGUUGGUUUCCUUCGCUGUUUGUUAGGUUGAAGGUCGGCCAGACUGUAGAAGAACAAACAGCCCUAAGCAGGAGACUCUCAGAGACGGAAUUCCGGACAAGGGUUAUCACCGAGUUGAUAGCGACCGAACGGGAUUUUGUCAGUGUGCUGACACACCUCAACGAUGGUUACCUUGUAGAAGCGAGGAAAAGGCCAGAUCUCCUGAACGACGAGGAGGUCACGAGUAUUUUUUCUAACCUGUCUCAAAUAUUAGAGUUCCAGCGUUCAUUCCUAGCAGACUUAGAAGCCAGUAUAGAUUCUAUAAAUACAGCACGGUCCAAAAUUGCACCUGUAUUCUUAAAACAUCUCCCAGGAUUCCGGCUAUACUCAGAGUAUUGCAACUGCCAUGCAGCCGCUGUUGCUACCCUUGAAGAAGUUUCCCGUCGGAAUGGUGUUGCUAGGUUUUGGGAAGCUUGCAGGCUUAUGCGUGGUCUCAUGGAGUUACCUCUUUCUGGAUACUUACUCACUCCUGUUCAAAGGAUCUGCAAGUAUCCACUGCAGUUGGCAGAACUUUUGAAGUACACUAAGACUGACCAUGAAGAUUACGCUCAGCUGAAAGAAGCUGUGGAAGGCAUGAAGGGAGUAGCUUUUCUUAUAAAUGAGAGAAAGAGGAGGAUGGAAAGUCUUGAAAAAGUUGCACUCUGGCAAAGAAGAGUUGAUGCUUGGGAGGGUGAAGACCUGAUUGAAAGGAGUUGCCAGUUACUGCACCAAGGAGAAACUGCUCAGCUAAAAGUUAGCACAAUGCCUGGGAAAUGGAGUCACGGUGUCAGUUUAUUUUUGUUUGAUGGACAGCUAAUCUAUUGCAAGAAGGACAUUCUAAAGAGGAGGACAUAUGUCUACAAGGGAAGGAUCUCAUUAGAUUCCUGUGAAGUGAAGAACCUUCAAGAUGGCAAGGACUCCUCUUUGAACUGCAACAUCAGGCAUGGUAUCAAACUCUCCACCGGAGACAAAUGGUUGGUAUUUACAGUUCGGUCUAGCGAAGAGAAGAAUAUCUGGUUGGCAGCUCUUGAUAGUGAGCGCAAUGCCGCUGCUCAGAAUGGUGAUCUUACCCUUCCAGAUUCAGCUCGAGACUUAGCCAGGGCUGCUGCUCUACGCAGGCAUCAGAACCACUCCGGUGGAGGAAAACAGAGAUCGAAGAAAAGAGGCAAGCAGCGUGAGGUCGGGCGAUGGUUCAGACUAGGUGGGAGGAAACAUGUUUUCCCCUCAUGAGGCAAACUCCAGGUGACGGUCCAGGCAUGGGUCUGAAGUUCCGUCACUGCACCCAUCACUGCGUGCAAUGCUGCGUGUCUUUCUGCAACGGUCGUCAGGGUAUGACCCAGAUCGUUCAUUAGAUGUAGGCCCGUCCUACGGGAACUGAUUCCAGUAUUAAAUCUCAUAUAAGAUUUAAUAAUUGUGAAAUCUGUAUGAUUGGUGUUCAUCAGAUGGAAAAGGAGAUGGCGGUUCUUUUAUUGUACCAAGUCAUUACUGAUAACUGAUCUAUUUAUUUGUACUUUUCAGUAUUUGACGAUUCAGAAUUCUGUGGAAUUUAACUAUCCUGUGAAGUUAUGUAUAUUUUUUUAUUGAGCAAACUGUCAGACUAGUAUUUUAUGCUUUUAUUAUAUCAGUAAUGACUAGUUUAACACCACAGUGGUCACUACAAAUAUUGAUUAUUUGAAGUAGAAACCAAGAUUGGUGGGUUAAAAUGGUGUGACUGGAAGUCUGGGAACAUGUGAAAAAAUAAUACUUGAAGUGUAAAAAAGAUUGUUUUUUAUAAAAUGUAAAAAAAAAAAAAAAAUAUUUUAAAAGAGAAAUCGGUAUUGAUAUGUUAUUCAAAAAGAGGAUAUAUAUCAAAUACAAAAUGUUUUAAAAGAUGCAAUAAAGAAAUACUAUAAAAAAUCAUGCUGCCAUUUUAAUAGUAUAAACCAUUUUCCUAUUUAAAUGUUAGAUGUUCUCUUCUAUUGUCCAUGUCCUAUAGUAACGUUGUUAGAAAAACCAUUUAAAUACAUUUAUAGUUAAAAAUAGUAAUUGUGCUGUGGCAUUGUAGAGUUAAAUUCUUCUGAUCUGUAUUAUGGGUAUUAAUGUCAUGAAAUUAAGAUUUUUUUAAAACUGAAUUACUAUAUAAUCUUGCAAUGACAUGUUAAAAUAUAUUCUCAUUAUUAAAAAAAAAAACUGUUUAAUUUACUUACUGAUUCAGUUCUAACAAAAUAACAAGGCCUAUUGUAGAAGAUACAUAUCAAAUUGAAAGGAAAAAAACUUAUGGACUUAUAAUGUAUUUUAAAAUAUUAAUAUGUAUUUGUAUUAUCUUAAACCCGAUGAUUGUGUAGUUAAUUGAAAAUGGGUGUUUAAAUUAGAUGAGUCUUUUACUAUUGCUAUUUAUUCUGCCACACAAUGUCAAGGUUUAGGUUUUGGUGUGUUCUGUGGAUCACUUUGGAGAAUUUCUACAGCUCCUCCACAAGAAUAUGGCAGCGGAAAAAUGAGAACAGCCUGUGAGAGAAGAGG